AUGUCGCAACCGCCUGUGGCAAGUGUUUCCUUCGUGGACACUAGCACUACUCCUCCUAUAAGAGGCGGCUUUUACAUCUGGCCAAACCAGACAGUCAGAAUUGGUCGUGACACGGACCGAGACAAUAAUGACGUUGUCUUUGCCGAUUCCACUGUCUCAAGAAACCACUUUGAGCUGUAUUCCAUCACUGUUGACGAAGAAGGUCGCCAUACAUCACUUGUGUUUGUGCGAGACCGGCAGUCUUCCAACGGAACUCUGCUCAACAAAAAGUGUGUUGGCAAGAAGCCAGACAUCACUCCGGGAAGACUACUCCAGAAUGGAGAUGUCAUCUCCAUCUAUCCUUACAUCACUUUCAAGUUCGUUCAGCUCGAGGAGAGAACUUCGUUUCUGCGUCUCACUGCACGCCAGCGAGAGGAGCUCAAGCUCCUUGAGAGCCGAUACCUUGUGGAAGACCGCACAUUAGGAAAUGGUGCCCAUGCUGUGGUCUACCUAGCCACAGAUGUCUUAACAGGGCAGCAGGUGGCUUGCAAAGUGCACAACUUAGAUAGACGGCCCCGAUCACACCAGAUACUCCGCCGGAUCAAGCAGGAGGCAAUGCUGUUGAGCUACCUCGAUCACCCGAAUAUUCUUUCCAUCAAGGCUGCCUUUGAAUCAGAGCAUUCGGUGUAUAUCUUUACAGAGCUGGCUACUGGUGGCGAUCUCUUCUCACUUCUAUCGCGCGAGGGGGCACUCCCCGAGCUAGAAAUACGCUGGAUCAUACGCCAGACCCUCAAUGCUGUUGACUACAUCCACAACAAGGGGCUCGCACAUCGAGACAUCAAGCCAGAAAAUAUUCUCUGUGCCAUAGCGCCAAAUGUCUCCUACAGGCUUGUUCUCUCCGAUUUUGGGGACUCGGCUGUUACGAACCGUGGAAGAUUAAAGUCCGAGGUUGGAACAACCUUCUAUCGCGCCCCCGAAUGCUAUAACUCCGAGCGAGGUCAUUCAUUGUCUGUCGACAUCUGGUCCAUUGGGAUGCUUUGCCUUCAGCUUUUCUCUGGAUUCCAAGAACUUCCGAAUCUUCGUCAUCUCGACUUUACCAGCCAAGGCAGAAUCGACCGAUACCUCAACAUCAUCCUCAAUGACCACGGCUGUGACGUUGCUGUUCAAGAUGGCGAUGAAGACUACGGUAAUGACGAUCAGCCCAUUGACUCUCAAACCUCCCGCCUCCGUCCAGAUGAAAACAUCUCAAGCCAUGCAAAGGACUUCGUUCGCGGAUGUCUCACCUACAACAGCAAACACCGGCUCACGGCGCGCCAAGCUCUUACUCAUCCCUGGAUAUGCGAGCCCGAGGAAGAUGACAGUCUCUUCAGACGUCUUGAACGCGACAAUGCAGCUUCGUGGGAGCCUAGGAAGAUUCGGCUCGCUCCUUUUAUCGAGAAGCUCGAUGCGACCACUGAUGCGCAUAAUGGGGAUAGAGAACAAGAACUAGGUACGGUGGCAGAGCCUAUGGAGGAGGAGGAGGAGGAAGAAGACGAAGACGCCAGUGCUAAGAUUUCGCCACACUUUCAGAGGAACCCAACUCCUUUCCUUUCGUGUCACACCUUAUCAUCAGCCCAUCAACAACGAGAAGAGAAAGACACAGAUCACCCACUAAGCGCCAACGGCUGGUCUUCUCCUCCGCUGACUAUUCAAACUCGGCGGACGAGUCAAAGACCGCAACACCAGCCAGAUAUCCAUGUGGCUUUCGUUAAGUUAGGCACUUGA